AUGAUCAGAUUCAAAGGACAUAAUAUUAUGCGACAGUAUGUCAAAAAUAAGCCAGUCAAAUGGGGUCCUGAAGUAGGGUUUGGUGAGUCAGUAAUUCUGCAACUGACAAAAUCACUAUCCAGACUGGGAUGUGAAAUUUACAAAGAUAGCUUUUUUAACUCUCCAGCUUUGCAGUAUUACCUUGAUUUACAAAGUAUCAGAUCAUGUGGAACAGUGCGCACCAAUCGUAAAAACAUCCCAAAGACAUUCCCUCCAGACAAGGAAAUGAAAAGAGAUGAUUCAUACAGUCUCAUGAAGAGGCGUCAGUCUGGUUCUUCUGAAAAGAUCGAUGUUCAAUGUCCUCUUAUGAUAAGAAAGUACAACAAGUGGAUGGGAGGGGUGGACCUUAUGGACCAGAAGAAAGUGACUUAUGAGAUCGACAGGAAGGCAAAGAUUAAGUAUUACCUGAGAAUUUUCUUUGAUCUUCUUGACAUUGGUGUAAAUAAUGCUCGACAAAGAAAGUUAUCAACAGUAGUGAAAACAUCAAGGAGGUUGCAGACCAGUUGCAAUCCAAAGAGUCCAGACCACCGAAUGAUAAAAUCAGGUGUAAGGAAGAGAUGUGUUCAUUGUGCUUCAAAGUGUGUUGAAAAUCGCACUUACAAUAUUUGUGAUCAGUGUGGUGUUAAUUUACGCUUUACUUCAAGCAGAAACUGUUUUGCAGAAUUUCACAUCAAAUAG